CCAGAUGCCUAGCCAACCUCAAGUAUAUAAAUCGUUCUCGUUUCUUUAUUCUCCCUCUCCUCCACCGAGUUCACUUUACUUUCAGUCGAUUCACUCUUCCACAGGGUUUCUUAUUGUGCAAUGGAUCCUCAACCUGAACCCGUGAGCUACAUCUGCGGAGAUUGUGGACAAGAGAACACUCUGAAGCCUGGAGAUGUCAUACAGUGUAGAGAAUGCGGCUAUCGUAUUCUGUAUAAGAAAAGAACCCGUCGGAUUGUCCAAUAUGAAGCACGCUAAAGUUGAUGCACGGUUCAAGCAAAAGCGAAUGUAUAUUUUGGAUAUGCAUUAGGAGGUCAACAACGUUUUAAGUGUGCUUAAAUAUAUGUAUGUUUUGCGUAAAGGUUACAGAUUGUAGGAUUAUGAUGUGGAUUAGUCCUGUAUUGGUAUCUCCGAGUGACUGCUCUUAUCUGGGCAUUUUAUGGAUUUAAAUCUAAUUUCUUACAUGCUUGGGCGAGUUAUGUUUA